CUUCUUCUUCAACACCGACGCGUCCCUCUUUUUCCUACCCGCUGUGGAUGUCAUCGGCUCCGUCUCCGAUACCAAUCUCUCUCUUCCCGAAACCCUAACCCUAAUAAAGCAAUCCUUAGUCAUGAAUUUCUUCAAAACAGUGUUUUUGAGUGAUCCGGACCCCUCCGAUUCUUCCUCAGAUGAGAAAUCCCCAUCCGAUUCGCCCCCCCAUGAACCGCAAGAAGAUGAGAGAGGUGAAAAGGAAACUGCUGCGGUGGCAGCGGCCGAUUCUGAGUCUGGCUAUGAUUCGAAUACUAAGCCGAACACGCCGUGGGUUGGGCUUGGAAGUCUGAUCAAAACCUUCGCUUCCAAGUCAGAAUCAGUGAUCCAGACCUAUCGCCGCGACCUGGAGGAGUUUGGCUCAGGAUUGAAGAAGGAGACGGCGGCGAUUCGGGAGGUCGCCACUCGGGCGGUUCGCGAUCUACCGUCCUCGCUGGAGGUUGGCGCGUCGGUGGCGCAGGAGUCUCUUGAGUCCGUUGGGCAGGCCAUCGAUGAUUUUGGUGGAUCAGUGUGGCGCGGCACUGCGGAGAUUAUCUCCGAGGGUAAGGAUGCCCUCCUCGCCGCUGAUUCUGACGUCGAGACCAAUUCCUCCGAUCUCCAGACGCCUUCCUCCACGGUUGUGACUGCCUCGGCCUCGAAGAGGUACAGCCGGUUUGAGACACAGGUUUUGGCAAUGCAGGCAGAUCCCAGUACUUUCUCUGAGGAGCCAGAGGACUCAGAAGAUUUCCUUAAAUGGAGGACUGAGUUCAAGUUGGAGGGGAAGGAGGAGGAGAUCGAGAUUCUUUGCUAUGACAAUGGAACUCUAGAAGGUCUCUUUGAGAAGCUCGUGCCUUCUGUUGUGGAUUAUGACACAUUCUGGACACGUUAUUUUUACAAGCUUUAUAAGCUCAAACAAGCGGAGGAUGUCAGGGCCAAUCUUGUUAAGCGGGCAAUCGCAAGGGAGGAUGAGGAAGAGGUUUUGACCUGGGAGGUUGAUGACGAUGAAGAGGAGUCGAAGAAGGAAGAGGAGGCAGAGAAGUAUGGCGAAGGAGAAAGAAAAGAUGAAAUAAAAAAAGAACAUGUAGAUGAUACCAAUCGCAUUGAAUUGGUACCGGAGAAGAAACCUGAUGGGGUAACUGAAGAUUUGAUCUUGGAGGUUACUGCAGCAAUUGAUAAUGAAAUAGCGGCAUCAUCUGCGUUAGCAGCCGAUGAUGCCGAAUCAGCCAGCAAUGGAUCAACCACCAAACCAGGCGACAAAGUGCUCCCCGAUGCAAAAUCUGAGCCUGUGGAAUCAAGCAAAGAUAGUGACAUAUCUAUUGUGUCAAGCCAGGCCUCUAUGCCAGAGGAAGAGGAUCUUGGAUGGGAUGAGAUUGAAGAUCUUGGCGAUCAUGAUGAUAAGAAAGUGGGUGGAACUAGUUCAACAACGAAUAGGGCAGAUCUCCACAAGAAACCUAGUCUUUUAGAAGAAGAUGAUGAUAUGGUGUCUUGGGAUAUUGAAGAUGAUGAUUAAGUUGCCAAUCCUUGAACAAGCUUAUAAAGAAGUGAUAUUGAAGGCGAUUAUGGCUGGCAAAGGCAUGCAGGUAUAAAGAUGCCAACUUAUGUUUAACAGUCCUUUAUCUAUUCCUAUGCCUGCACGUUUAUAGGUGUUCUACUAGAAAUUACUAUUCAACUACAUUGCUCAUUUAAAUGUGCAAAGUCAUUGUGCAUCUCAAUAAGUUAAGGUUCAAGUAUUUUAUUCCUGGAGGUUGUAUUUCUGAAUGUUGUUCUCUCUCUCUCUCUCUCUCUCUCUCUCUCUCUCUCUCUCUCUCUCUCUCAUGAAAACAUUGAUAUUAAUCUUUCUGUAAAUGUUUGGAUAAAAGCAUGCUAAUAUAGUAAGUCCAUUAAUUGGAGUGGUGAGACCUUGCAAUGGGUGAUAAAAGGAUUCUUGGAUUUGGUGACUAA